UUUGUUUUACAGGUUAAUAAAUGUGGACUUGCAAAGAGUGCAGUUUGGAAGUGGAUACCAGGUUAAGAAGUGUUUGAAAAUGACAUGUCCUCCUGUUUUGCGAAUCAUCUUCGGUGAUGACUCCGACUCAAGAAAGCUACCCCUGGUGUCUGGACUUCCAGCAACUGUGGAAGAGCUCCAAACAACGAUGAAGACAUUUUUUCAGCUGGCAGAAGAUUUCCGCCUCCAAUAUAUGGAUUCUGACUUCAAUGCUUUUAUGAACCUAACAGAUAUGUCAGAUGUUCAAGACAAAGGCACAGUGAAGGUAAUAUGCACGACAACCAUGCUGCCUGAAGAACCUACCAUUAUGCUGUACCCAGUGGACCCAGGGCAGUUGAAUCCACACCCAACCUCACCUCCUGAAACAUCUCCCGACUCCCUCCUACCCCAAACCACUUCAUCAUUGGCUUCAUCCAGCAGUGAUGACACAGUCCACACAUCAACACCACAUUCAUCACCUCAAGUACAGCUCUCCAAGUGCUCCUGCUGGCCUAAGAUUUUUGUGGUCCCAAAGUUUUCAUAUGAGGCUGAGUUGGAGUUGCAGUUGAAAAAUAAUGAGUUUGAGAGAGAUGGCGUAUAUUUCAACCCAGGACCAAAACUGAAAGGACAAAUUCUUGAUGGACUGGCUCAAGAAAUAAUGAAAUACACAAAGUAUCCAAAAGAUUAUCAGUGUGAAGAGGUGGCUGAAGCCUUAACUAGAGCCCAUCCUUGUCUGGGGCAGUUGGGGAACAGGACAGGAUUUUGGGGUUGGAAACAGUCCCUGAAAUACAAGCUGCAGAACUAUCGGACAAAACUGGGGCGGCUAGGUGAUCCUGAAAUUCGUGUGAACUCCUUAAAACACAAGAGGAAGGGACAAGGAAAAGCAGCAGCCAGUAUAAAGAAGCCAAGGAAGGCAGAAGUUCACUACAUUCCUUUGCACCCAACAGGCGAGACUGCAGAAAGUCUGGAGGAGGAGCGAAUCAGUAUACUAUCAGAAAUGAAGAAACGCUUCAAUGAGGUGGUGAUAAAGACAAAAAUGGAAAAUACUUUUUCCCACAGACGACUGGAAAUCGUGGAUGAGAGACCAAGGAUCGAAGACUUCAAAGACCGAUGGCCAGCCUUGUUUCAGGAGAGUGGUGUGAAUGAUGAGUUCAUGAGAAUCACCACAAAACCACUACUGUCAAAGUUUUUUGCCCAGCUUGACCACUUUACUCUAAAGCUCAACUCCCUUUUCAAGUCCAAAGGAGGAGCGAAGGGACAGAAGAUGAAGAAUAUCCUGGCAGUCUAUGAUGAGUGUGAUGAAAUAGAUGCGAAGAGGGAGUGUGUGCUGAAGAGCCUGAUUAUCUACCUCAACGAGGAUCCAGCUUCCCUUGUCAAGGAGUACCUGGCAACUGCUAUUGAGGAUGCAGAAAAUGAUCUUGCAACAACUGUUAUGUGCAUUUUCGUUGUCAGAGGUGGUGAGUGUGACUUUCCUGAUAACAUAUGGGUUGUCAUUGAAGGAGUUAAAGUCCUCUCCAAUGUCAGAAGUGUCAUUAUGGCUUUUGCCUUGCUCUUUGGGCUUAUCUAUGCCUUGGAUCUCAGCUAUCCAGACAACCUAAAAUACACAUUUGAGUUUGUCCAGAAGAUUCUAAUGAAUAUGGAUGGACACAAACUCAAUGUGAAAAUACAACAGUUGAAAAUGAAGAUGUUCAUCUAAAUGGAGGUAUGAACUUUGGCCUAUUGUUUGUUCUGUUGCCUGUUGUCGAACAUGUUUAAACAUUUGAAAUUGCACUACUUUUCUAAACCUGUUUACCUCAAGAAACCAAGUGUGGAGGACCAAAUGGGACAGAAUGAAAUAGAUAAAUGCAUCUUUAAAUAAUUACAUGUCGGUAGUUAAAUUUUACAAAUCUUUAAAUUACUUAAAUUCGUCAUUACAUAAUACACCAUUAAGUAAUCAAAUGCGUCAAUAACUGUCUUUAAGUCUAAUAUCAGCUCAUUUACUGUAGAAACGUAAGUAUUUCAAAUUAUUUCACUAUUUAAUUAUUAUUAGUUAUUUUAAUAAUUUUGUUAAUUUUUUCACUAUAAUUGUUUCGUGGAGUUGUGGUUGCAUGUUUAUGAAUUGUGCGGAAAUAACUCCCAACACAAAAAAUUCCUCUGACUUAUGUGAUCUCUAGAUCAGCAGAUCCUGCUUCCACAUACUCUGUAAGGUUUAAAAUACCUUUCACCAACUCCCGAGAAAGUUAGGAGUUUGUAUGCCUCUGGACUUCAGACCAUUCGACCAGAUUGACGUUUGACAUCACACCCACAGAUUUUGAUGGGUGUUUGUGAUACAUAAUUCAUGACGCUGCACCCCAAAGCCAUGAAAUAAUUAAAUUAGUAAAUAAUUAAUCAAAUAAAUAAAUUGUGUAAUAAUUAUAUAUUGUUUUACAUUAAAUGAACUGGUAUUUUAACUAUUUGACACAUUUAGUUCUUUAGAGAUUGAUUUAUUUAAUUUUGUCCCAUUUGGUCCACCACACAUAAAUAGAAAUGUAAAGGUCUGCUAAAAUGUGGCUAUUGAUGCCAAACCAAGCUAAGAAACUAUAUUAUUAUAUUACUAUAUUAGUAGUGACGCCAAUAGCAACAAUAUACCUCAGCCCAUCAUGAGCAGACAAUGUGGCAUUUGACAUAUUAGCACUUUGUAACUCACAAAUGAUAAAGGUUGCACUUUCAGUGGUUGAUCUGGUUAAAUUAUAUUUUAGGAUUGUUAUUUCUAAUAAUGACAAUUUUGGAAGGAAAGCUGCAUCAGUGCAUCUCUAACAUGUUUAUUGUAA